UCCCCACCACGAAACUUGAUAUGCUAGAAAUAACAGCUAAACGCGGACAAUCCAAAUCUUGCAUUGGUCCAGAUGGACUAUAUGUAAAUAAAUAUGAAGGAAAAAAUGCGCUUUGGCAAACGGGGUUAGGGGGAAUCGCAUGACCGUGACAUAUAGAACACAUUAUCGAAAAUCGCCAAAAUUAAAAAAUAAAAAAGUUACAGCCAUUUUCCCUCAGCGUCUAAUUCCAAUGUCCACCAUUAUACGUUUUAAUUUCUAACAGACUGAUGUCACAUAAUGCAAGGCAGUUUGACUAAAUCGAUUUCGGCCUAGUGACAUUUAUAAACAGUCUCAACUUAAAUUAUGUAAAUCAUGCAUCUGCUUCUUCAACAAUAUUAAGAUUUUAAUGUUUAUCAGACUCUAAACUCUUCCUUACUAAAGUUGCAAAUUUUCCUCGCAAAUUAGUUGUUUGUAAGAAUUAAAAUAAAUAUACAACAAAAACGUAUGUGGUUAAGUAAACUGAGCAUAGUAACCAGCUGAGAUCCUCGAUUGUCACUUAUAGCUGUACCAUGGUUAGCAACGUUAUCGAAGCAACACGAAAACUAAACUGAAGAUGGAAACACCAGACACAUUUUAUUCAUUUCCAUCGUUUACUGCACGCAGUAGAAUACAGGACGAAAAAGUAGUUACUUAAAAUACAACGAAUAUAAUAGAAUAUCUGUAAGGAAAAAAAAGAUGGAACCAACACAUUAAUGCGGUCAGUUUUUCAAUUAAACACAGUUAAAGGGUUCUCAAUGUCAAGAACAAACUUGAUGUUUAGCAAAUUUAUCAAGGUUCGGAAAACCACAAGUUUGUAAAGUUGGAAAGAGAGCCGCCUAUAAAAAGAUGUACCGGUGGUUGGUCAUAGAUUUUUUUUUUUAUGUACAAUAAAGGGUGUCUAGUAAAUUUGAGACAAGAAAAUACAUCAGAAAAAAUAACAGAUGAAAAGAUAUCAUGAAUAGAAUACAUGCAACACUACAUAUAAUGAGGCUUGAGAAUAUAUUUCUUGGACAAUGUUAUUAAAUGGUUAUAUUUGAGAUAUUUAAAAGAUACUGUUAACUGACCGAUGUGUAAUGUCUUGUGUAAAUGGCUACAUCUUAAAAACUGAUUUUUAGUUACAAGAAUAUAAUUGAUUGCAAGAAAUGACUCUAUUUGGAAAUGAAGUUUCAGUAUAACCUAAGACAUCUACAAACAAAUCUACCAUCCAUUAUCAAAGUUAAUAAACUGGUGUCAACAGGAAACGUUGAAUCAAAAGUUUUAUGGGUUUCACCUCAUUGAUAUACUGUCCUAUAGCCAGCCACUCUGGCAUUAAAUACAAAAUAUAAAGAAAAAAAUAUCUGUAUUUCAUGAAAAGCAAAAGACAUUAUGGAGCAAAACUUGUGUAAAAGUCAAGAUUACAGUGAAAUACAAACUGAUGUUAGUGAUUUACUUCAUCAGACACAUGUAGACAUAGAGAAGGAAUUAUAUACAAGUGGAAAGACAUUCUCUGAGAACUGUAUUUUAACUUCUCACAAAUGUAAUCACACAGGGGAGAAGCCAUAUCUUUGUGAUAAUUGUGGGAAAACAUUCUCACAUAAGUGUAAAUUACUUUAUCAUAAUCGUAUUCACACAGGAGAGAAACCAUACCAUUGUGGCCUCUGCGGGAAAACAUUUUCUGAGAGUGGUGCAUUAGCUCGUCAUAAACGUAUUCAUACAGGUGAGAGACCAUAUCACUGUAACAUAUGUGGUAAAGGAUUUACACGCAAUAUACAUUUGACUAAUCACAAAAGCAGUCAUUCUGUUGAGAAACCAUAUCUUUGUGUGACUUGUGGUAAAACAUUUUCUCACAAGUUUAAAUUAACUUAUCAUAUGCGUAUUCACACAGGAGAGAAACCAUACCACUGUGAUAUUUGUGGAAGAGCCUUCUCAGAAAGUGGAGCAUUAUCGCGUCACAAACGUACUCACACAGGCGAGAAACCAUACCCCUGUGAUAUUUGUAAUAAAGCAUUUUCUCGGAAUACACAUUUGACUCAACAUAAGCGUACCCACACAGGUGAAAAACCAUAUCAUUGUGAUAUCUGCAAUAAAACAUUUACUCGGAGUGCACAUUUGACUUAUCACAAACGUUCUCACACUGGUGAGAAACCCUACAGCUGUGAUGUUUGUGGUAAAGCAUUUGCUAAAAGUGGAACAUUGAGUCAUCAUAAACAUAUUCAUUCAAGUGAGAAACCAUAUCAGUGUGAUACCUGUGGCAAAACAUUUUCACAUAUGUGUAAAUUAACUUAUCAUAAGCGUGUUCACACAGGUGAGAAACCUUACCACUGUGAAACUUGUGACAAAACAUUUUCACACAAGUGUAAGCUAACUCAUCAUAAACAUAUUCAUACAAAUAUAAAACCAUUCCAUUGUGAUGAAUGUGGUAAAGACUUUUCUCAGAGUACUUAUCUGAAUGAUCAUAAACGUACUCACACUAGUGAAAAACCAUAUCAUUGUGAUGUCUGUGGCAAAACAUUCAGACAAAGUGGUGCAUUAACUUCUCAUGUACGUACACACACAGGUGAAAAACCAUACCACUGUGAUAUCUGUGCUAAAACAUUUGCAGAGAAAGGUGCAUUAUCUUCCCAUAAACAUAUUCAUACAGGCGAGAAGCCAUACCAUUGUGAUAUCUGUGGUAAAUCAUUUACUCAGAAAGCAAGUUUAAUUCAUCACAAACCUACUCACACAGGUGAAAAGCCAUAUAAAUGUGGUGUCUGUGAUAAAGCGUUUACACAGAGUGGUGCUUUAACUGCACAUAAACGUAUUCAUACAGGCGAGAAGCCAUACCAUUGUGAUAUCUGUGGUAAAUCAUUUACUCAGAAAGCAAGUUUAAUUCAUCACAAACCUACUCACACAGGUGAAAAGCCAUAUAAAUGUGGUGUCUGUGAUAAAGCGUUUACACAGAGUGGUGCUUUAACUGCACAUAAACGUAUUCAUACAGGUGAGAAACCAUAUCACUGUGAUAUUUGUGGUAAAACAUUUUCACACAAGAGUAACUUAACUGUCCACCAGCUCGUACACAGGAGUUAGGAACCAUAUCAUAGUGAUAUUUGUGGUAAAAUAUUUUCAUGCUAUAUACAUUUGACUCAUCAUAAACAUAUUAACAAGGGUUGAAAAAACUGAUUUCUCAAGUAGGCCAUUCUUGUCAAAGAGCCUUUUGAUUAUACCAUAUCUUAUUUACUCCUACACAGGAAUAACUAUUCUGUAUAGUAGAUAACUGUAAUUAUCUCUCAUUGUUGAAGUAAUUUUGAAACUCAAGUAUGUUAUUUAAUAAGAAAUAGGUAUCUGAACACUUCAUAUUGUUAAGCAUAUGUAAAAAAUAUAUAUAUAUUAUGCCUUAAUUUUACUAUGUUAAUUCAAAUAAGAGUGCUCCAAAGUAAUGUGUUAUCAACUGUAAAGAGAGAAUGCAAGUUUCACCACAAAAUUAUUCAAAGUCUUGUGUGCUUUCUAGUCAGAUGAUAUAAAUGUGUUUAGAUAUUGAGAUGUAAUCAUCAAAUGUUACAGAUACCAUAAGCAUAUCUCAAGAGAGAAUAUAUUGGUUCAUCUAAUAAAUAUUGCAGUUUUUUUCAUUUGCAUGGACUAAAAGUCAGACAGGGAUAGGAUAAACUACCUGCAUCAACCUGCUAUAAAAGCAGUAGUAAUUUUACCUUACACUUAUUUUUAGUGCAAUUUUUGAAGAGUGCGGUUCGAUUUUAAGUUAUUUUUUCAAAGCUGUAAUGGAAGUGACAAAGGAGCAUAUUCAUCAUAUUUUGCUUUAUGAGUUCAAUAAUGGCAACAACACAAUGGAAAGUGCGAGGAAUAUUAAUGCAGAAUAUGGUGAUCAGACAAUAAGAAUAAGCCAGUGGUAGUUCCAGAAACUUCAGCCUAAAAGAUGAGCCUCAACCUGGAAGAUACGUAGAGCUUGACAAGGACGUCUUGCAAAGCCUGGUGGAACAAAAUCCCAUCGUAAUUGUUGAGGAACUAGCAGAGAAGCUUGGAUUUGGUCAAUCAACCAUUCAUUGACACCUGCGUGCCAUCAAAAAUGUCAGCAAAUUGGGUCAAUGGGUUCCUCACAAACCUUCCAAGUCUAAUCGUAUACAGAGAGUGAAUGUGUGCUCCUCUUUGCUGUCACAUCUCACAAAUGAACCUUUUUUGGACCGAAUAGUGACUGGUGAUGAGAAAUUGGUUCUCUAUAAAAAUGUCAAGCACCAAAGAUAGUGGGUAGGGAAAGGAAAAACACCAUCAUCCCAGGCUAAAGAAGGUCUUCGCCCACAUAAGGUGUUGUUAUCUGUUCGGUGGGAUAUGAAAGGUUUAGUCCACUUUGAACUUUUAAACCCAAACCAAGCAAUAACAAAGGAGACCUACUGCAAGCAGCUUGAGUGGCUUAAGUCAGCUAUAAGAAGAAUGACCAUCUUUGAUUUCAAGACGAAACGUGUUCUUCCAUCAGGAUAAUGCUCAGCCACAUACAGCAAGGAUGACAUUCCAAAGGCUAGAGCAGUUUGAAUGAGAAACGAUGCCCCACCUACCAUAUUCACCAGACAUUGCCCCAUCUGAUUAUCAUAUAUUCUGUAGUCUUCAGAAUCAUUUGGAUGGAAAAAAUAUGAAUUCUGUAGAUGAGGUCAGAACAGUACUGAAGGAGUAUUUUUCAUCACAGACAAGUGAAUUUUAGAAGAGAGGCCUUGCAAGUCUACCAGAUCUUAAUUUUGAAAAAAUAAAAGAAGUAUAAAAAAAAAUACAUUGUUUAUGAGAUGACCCGAUAUCAUCUGUAGAGCACCAAAGCUCAAAACAUGAAAAUUUUUAAGCCUGUAUCCUUUUUUGUGGAGUUUGAAUCCUAGUUGUCCCUAAUGAGAUUUGAACUUAGAAUGUAAAGAGUUAUAACUGAUACUGCUGGAAUUUUGUUCAAUGCUACUAAACCACUUCAAAAUAUUUACUUAUUACAUUCUUCCCAAAUUUCCAUUCUAUGACAAAAAUGUUUUUAAAUUCUUCACCAUGAAGUGGUAAAACUGAAUGUAAACAACUUGUAUGUGUUGGUUAAAUUUUACUGUAAAUUAUUAAGACUCUUCUGUCCUUUGCAUUUUUACUUCACAAAUAUACAUGAACCUCGAACAGAUAUCUUCACUAUUUUGCUACUAGUAAUUACUGACAGUUCAUCUGAAAUAACUUGUUUCUUUGGGUUGUAGCUAUAUUGAUUUGGAAAGCUCAAUUGUCUUCAUAACUUCUUUUCUACAGAGAUAACCAUGUGUAUUCUGAGAAAUCAGUAGGUUGAGUCUGUUUGACAUCUCACACUUGGAAUGUCUUCAUGCUCUAUUUUGACACUGUGCAACCAGAAAGAAAUUAUGUCUUGCUUGAUAUGAACUGGAUGAAAAUUGAUAGUUCAACAUUAAUUUAUAAGAUUGAAGCCUCAAGGAACUUCAGGAUCUGAUGAGUUUUUAAGGGUAAGAUUCUCCUGAGGAAAUAUCAGGCCAUAAUAUUUUGAGCAAGACUAUUGCUAUCAUCAUUUCAGUAUCCACUUUUUCAAUGGUUACACAAGUCAGAUGGUAACUUUUCUACAGGCUGAUGCUCUUCCUGUUGUCAAUCUUCAACUGUUUCCAAGCAAGGCAGUAUUUCCCCUAGUCUUGUGAACAAUGAAUAGACUGCAAAUGCUUUAGCUGAGGAUUGUAAACAAUAAAUGUCAUUUGUGUGAAUGUUGACUUUUUGUUUACACAUAUCUCAAAACAAAGAGAGUACAUUCUCACACACACACAUUUACAACAGGUUUCUUUCAGUUUACGUCUAUUAAAUUUCACUCACAAGGCAUUGGUCAACCAGUGAAAACAGACCUUUAAACACAUGGUUCCAUGACUGCACCUACCAAUUCACAUUAAACUAUUUGUCUGAUGAAAGCUGUUAAUGAAAAUUUUUAAAAAGAAUUCACUUUUGGAGGAAGUAAAUGAGCAUCUUCAGUAGUUGUGCAAAAGGUGGGCAAAGAUUUUAGAAUAAGUACCAGUGAGAUGACAAAAAUUUGUUCAGAUUCUUAUCCAACUGCAAAUACUGAAUUAUUAUUUCCUUUUUCUGCUAUGAAUUAUUUUUUUACUCAACUGGAUUUGAAAGGAGUGUAGUGACGCCAUUUUGAGGGUCUCCAGCAUGCAUGCGCAGGGCUGGAACCUUCUGGAAGGCCUGCCGAAAGGUCCCUGAUGCACAUGCAUAGAAAACUAGCAGCAGCAGAGUUCUCUGAUAUCUCAGACUUAAGACGCAGUAGCUGAACUAUGCAGACGUGUCCUCAGCAGCUCUCUGUUUGCCUCUGCUGCUGACCUGAGACGCUCGGUAUUUGAUCAGCUCUGUGUAGCUGGAGUUCUGUGAAGAAUGCCUUCACAAAGUAUGAUUAACUCUGACUUUGUUGUUUCCACACCAGACCUGGCUACUGAUUGUCCCAAGGUGUAAAUCUUGGACAUACAAAAUAAAAGGAUUGUUUUUAUGUU